AAUAUUAUCGGCAUUUGCACUAUCUGUUUUGCACUCAAAGUUUUCUGAAGUCGAUUGACAUGAUAACUCUAAUAUCAUGAAUGGAAAGAAGAAAGAUGGUCGCCAACGGCUCAAUUUUGUACCAGAAAAUAAUGUAGAAAUGUCAGUAGACAAGAAGAAAACCUUUGACCAAAGUUCAAAUCAAAUUUUUUUGAUGAACACGGAUACAAUAUGUUUGGUACUGGCUGGGUUGUUUACCCACUUGGUGUUUUUUUACUCAAUAUUUGACAUUUACUUCACAUCACCUCUUGUUCAUGGAAUGACUCCACAUGUAUCCCCUCAGAAACCUGCUGCCAGCCGUCUAGUACUGUUUUCUGCAGAUGGUUUAAGAGCUGAUAAAUUUUUUGGAUUAGAUGAAAAUGGACAAUCAAGAGCACCAUACCUUAGGAAUAUAAUACGCAAGCAUGGUGCCUGGGGUGUUUCUCACACCCGAGUACCUACAGAGUCCAGACCAGGCCAUGUUGCACUUAUUGCUGGGUUUUAUGAAGAUGUAAGUGCUGUUGCCAAAGGUUGGAAAGAAAACCCAGUAGAAUUUGAUUCAGUUUUUAACCAGAGUAGAUACACUUGGUCAUGGGGCAGUCCUGAUAUCUUACCAAUGUUUGCAAAAGGAGCCAGUGGUGACCAUGUAUUGACAGAGAUGUAUACAUCUGAUGAGGAAGAUUUUGCAGCAUCACAUGCUUCUGACCUUGACACUUGGGUAUUUGAUAAAGUUAGGGCCUUCUUUGAAGGAGCUAAAUUAGACAAAGAUUUGUAUAAGAAAUUACAGAAAGACAAACUAGUCUUCUUUUUACAUCUGCUUGGCAUAGACACUAAUGGACACUCACACAAACCACACUCAAAGGUGUAUUUAAAGAAUAUAGAGCUUGUUGAUACAGGAAUAAGGGAAAUGGUGAAGUUGUUUGAUGAUUUUUAUGACAGGGAUGGUAAAACUACAUUUAUAAUGUCAUCAGACCAUGGCAUGACAAAUUGGGGAUCUCAUGGAGCAGGGAAUCCACAUGAAACAUUAACUCCUAUAGUGGCUUGGGGAGCUGGUAUCAGAGGACCCCUGGUAAUCUCAAAUCAAGUUAUCUACCCUGAUACAUUUUCUCAAGAAUGGAAAUUACAUGAUAUAAAGAGAACUGAUGUUAACCAGGCAGAUAUAGCACCAUUGAUGUCAUCAGUUAUAGGAGUACCUUAUCCAAUGAAUUCUGUUGGCACACUUCCAUUAAGUUUCCUCAGUAGUUCAGAUUUUGAGAAAGCCGAGAGCACAUUUGCAAAUGCACAACAAAUUUUGGAGCAAUAUCAGGUCAAAAUGGAUCAGAAGAAGUCAACAACUUUAUCAGUGGCAUUCAGGCCAUUUAGUAAACUACUGCCUAGUAUUCAGAAAGACAGAAUAAGAAACAUCAGAAACUUAAUCAAUAGUGGACAAUAUCAAUUAGCUAUUACUGAAUCUCAAACAUUGAUAGAGCUUGGUUUAGAAGGAUUGAAUUACUAUCAUGGAUAUGAUCGCUUCUUUUUGGGUUUAAGUAUUGUUUUUGGUUUCGUUGGUUGGAUGAUCUACACACUGACCUUAGUCGUGAGGGAUCACUCUGGUUUGGUCAGUGUAACAAUAAAGCUUGAGAAGUUGUCACAACCAGUAUGGUUACAAGAUAAACCAAUAAAACUGGUAUUUGCUAUAAUUGGAGUAGCUGUUACUGUUCUAUUAAAAGUUCAGUCACUUCUGUUUACAAAUUAUAUGUAUUGUUUAAUACCUGUAGUCUUGUGGAUGUUUGUUGCUCUUAGAUUGACAGUUUUCCAACAGUUAUUUAAAAAAUUUAAUCUUGCCAAGAAUUUAAAGACAGUGUUCAUAGCCAUUGUUCCACCUGUACUAGGGUUAGAAAUACUGGUGAUGGGUUUCUUUAGAAGAGAAUUGCUAUCUGUUGGUUUGGUUAUGAUUGCAGCAUGGCCAUUAAUAACAUCCAAAAGUAUAUGGAAAGAUAAGGUGACAGCAGCUGGUUGGAUUGUCUCAUGUCUGUUGCUAUCUGUGUUUCCAUUAGCUCCAGUUGUUGGAAGGCAAAUUAAUUAUAUUUAUGUAAUAACAAGUGGUGUAUUUGUUGUUGUAUCAGCCACAUAUUUGAUCUUCUGGUUAAAGAGAAGUCAUGAAGUGAAGAAAGAAAGAAAAUUGAGACAUCAGCAUAUUUUUCUUGUUAACAUUAUUCAGGUUGUAGUUAUUGGUUUAGCCACAUAUAAUGUAUGGACAGUGUCCAGUAGUAUAGCCAGAAGUCAGGGUCUUCCAUUUAUAAAUCGAUUAACCAGCUAUCUCAUUUUAGUGUUUUCAAUGAUUUCACCAUUUCUUGGAGGGACAUCAGUGACACACAGAUUGUUUACUGUAACCUUGGCAUUAUUUCCUCCAUACUUACUGCUAAGUAUAUCAUAUGAAGAUUUAUUUUUUGUGACUUUAACAGUAGUUUUGUAUUUCUGGAUGAAAUUAGAGAUAAAUUUGAAUGAUAAAAAAGUCAGUUUAGAAGAUUGUGAUUUUGUUGCAUCAAGUAAAAACCAUCAACAUAGAAGUAUAAACACUGAAGAUAUACGAAGAGCAUUCUAUUAUAUAUUUUUUAUACUGGUAGCAUUUUUUGGAACAGGGAAUAUUGCAAGUAUUAACAGUUUUGAACCAGCCUCUGUGUAUUGUUUUAUUACAAAGUUUGAUCCAUUCAUGAUGGGAUCUCUCAUGAUGUUAAAGAAUGUACUGCCAUUUGUUUUGGUUAGCUGUGUUUUCCAUGCCAUACAUGUACUGACAUCCAUUCCAACUAAAGCUUUGUUUCUGAUAGUACUCAUUAUGUCAGAUUUCAUGGCAUUAAAUUUUUUCUUCCUGGUUAGAGACUAUGGUAGUUGGUUAGAGAUUGGGACCAGUAUUAGCCAUUAUGUAAUAGUGAUGUGUAUGAUUAUAUUUCUCAUGGUACUAUUUGUAUUAUCGCAUGCUUUGACAACUGUCUCAGUUCUUCCUAGGAUAAAACACAGCAGAGAGUGAGAGUCAUUACCAGCAUUGUUUGUGUGGUAAUCAUGUCUGUGAAAAAGAACUGUAUCAUCUAUUCUAGUCUAAGUAUGAUAUGUUUGUUUGAAUUAUGUCUUCCAAUGACAAUCAGAUUGUAUUUGUUAAAUGAUAAAUUUAUAUGAACUAUGACCUCCAGUGACAAUCAAAGGAGAAUGUAAUUGUUAAAUUUUUUCAUGUUUUUUAAUUAGCACUUUUUGUAUGUAACCUUGUUGAAUUUCAUGAAAUUUUUAAAAUAAUGUUUUAAUUUUAAUUAUCAUAUUUAAGAAAUCAUUAUCCAUACCAUUAGAAAUGAUAAUACUUUUCAGGUCAGAUAAUUUUUUUACUAAUUCCAUCACCUUAAAAUCACACUGUUCAAUUUUUCAUUGAACGACCAAGACAUCAUGAAGAUAAGUAUUGUAUAGUAUAAACUGAUACAAGGUAUCUAAUUAGAUGUUUACCUUAUUUUCAAAUAUGUUCCAAUCAUUCAGCAAAUUUGGUUUAGAUUUUAGAGGAUUUCUUAUUUUAAGUUUGCAAAAACAGAAAACAAAAACUCUAAUUUGUGCCAAAAUCCCUAUGUUAUCUCCCCUUUUUGUUUAUUUUUUUUAUGUGGUAAGAUGUUAAUCUGUUACUUAAGCUUAGCAAUCUUAGAAUUGAGAUUGAUAUGGUAACAUGAACCUCCAAAAGGGUUGCAUGCUUAAACUUUGAUCCCUGUUUGCAACCCUUUUUUAUUUCAAAUCGACUUAAAAUCAUAAAUUCAUAAUGUAAUGCAUAAUAUUACAUCAGUAUUUGAUGUUGUUUAUAAGAAGAAGUUGUUUACAGGUAUUCUCUAUGUAAAAACAAUGUUCAAUGGUGGUUAUCCUCUUGGAUUUAAGUUUGCCACUAAAAUCACAAAAUUUAGGUCGGACCAUCAUAUCCUCCUCUGCAUAAUAUUAUUUUAGUCUAUGAAGCAGUUUCAAAGAAGCUGCUAAUAUGUAUUUACAAAACAGUUUGUGACGGUUGGAUUUAAUUCAUUCAGUGAUGCUGUUUGCAAGAAGUUACUUGUUUGUUUUCCUGUAGGUGAUAUGUAAAAACUAUAUUUCAGAGGUGCUUUGGCAAUGUUUGAUUUCAGAUCCACACACAAAUAACUAAUUUUAUUUAAACAAUCAUAUAAUUACCCAUACAUCAUAUUACUCUAUGAAACUGUUACAAAGAGAAAAUGGAAAGAGGUUUGCAUGUAUUUUUUCAUAUGGUCUUGUGUUAUAAAAUGAUCAGAUAUGGCAACCAUCCCCGAUUUAGACCAGCUUUAAAAUCACAUAUUUUACACAAUACCCCUAUCCUCCAAUCUGUGAAUUUUCUAAAGAGAAAAAAGUUAAUUGUUUCAUGAUAAAUUACUAACGGAUAGAGAUGUAGAAGAAAAUUGACAUGUAGAAGAUAUCUAUAUCUAUAUGUUUCCUAAGUUGUUCAUUCUUUAUUCUGUGCAAUAUAUUGUUUAUGCAUUUACAUAGAAUACCUCCUUAUGUACUAUCUUCUACAAUGUUGUUCAGUCACUGUGAUAUUUGUAUUUUAAUACUUUUGAUAUCAAAAAGAUUUUUUUUAAUAAAUGGACACUUAAUUACA